GCGUGCGUGCGUGUGCGCCGCCGCCGCCAUGUUUGAGAGGCGCUCACACCAACGCGCGCCACAUAAGAGCAGUUUGACCGACUUUACACAUCGCGUGCGAACUAACCGCUUCUCGUGACAGCGGGACAGAUGCUUCUCAGGCGAACUCCGCUUCACUGCAGGAAGUGAGCGGAGCGGCGCAUGCUCCUCUGCGUCCCCCCGACCAGAGCAGCAUGAAGAGUGCGCGGCGGUGAGGACGCUCGGUGGGGAGGGCUGAUGGCGGGUGCUGAGGUCACUGUGUCUUCAGGGGAGCUCAUGGCGAUAAAGGAGGAGGAGGGGGAGUCCAGUGGCAACAACCAUAAGACUCAAGUCAUCCUGCACCUGCAGCCCAUCCUGCACGGGGAAAAUGAUGACAUUGCUGACACUGGCACUACAGUCUUGGCCAUAGAGACGCAUCAUGAUGACAGUAAAGCAGAAGGAGAGGAAAUCGAGUAUGGCUACCCCAUCACCUGCGGCGACAGCAGAGCGGUUCUGCUGUUCAAGAAGUUUGUGUGUCCAGGAAUCAAUGUCAGAUGUGUCAAAUUCAAUGACCAGCUCAUCAGUCCUAAGCAGUUCGUACAUCUGGCAGGGAAAGCCACUCUGAAGGACUGGAAGAGGGCCAUCAGACUUGGAGGGGUGAUGCUGAGGAAAAUGAUGGAUUCUGGCCAGAUAGAUUUCUACCAGCACGACUCGGUGUGCAGCAACACCUGCCGCAGCACUAAGUUUGAUGUGCUGAUCAACAGCACGAGGCUUCCUCCGGGGACCUUGGUGCAGCCGAGCCCAAGUCUGGCUCUUGACCCUCCUGGAGGACAGGGGCCUCCGCUGACAGAGAUUGUGCAUGAUGCAGCAGAGGUAGAGGAGACUUUGGGGGAUAGAUUUGGUGCAGCAGCAGAGUGGAGCCCUGGUCCAGCUCGACCUGUACACCCUGCUACCGCCAAUGGACAUGCAGCCAAGAGAAAGAGGGCUGACACAACUGAUGGAGUGUUGAGCCUGUGGAAGGGUGUGGCAGACUCCGGGCUGAUGGGGGAGGUCCUGUCCAGUCUCCAGACGGAAUUAUUAACGACUCUUAAAGGAGUGGAGGUUCGCAGUGAGAGGGCCAACCUGCAGGAGACAGAUGCCGUCGUACUUAAUUCCUUGUGUGAGAUGUUUGGGCUUCUAGACUCAGUGAAGCAGGCUCUGGACCUGAGGCGCAGCCACGGCGAGGAGAGCAAAAUGCACGACAGUGUGUUGGAUGGGAUUUUGGAGGAACAGAGGAGGCAGGUUUGUGAUAAAAGCACAUCCUUGAAACUCCUCCGACGUCAGCGCCACAACAACUGCCAAACCCAGAAUGUCCUGUCCCCUGUGAAAACAGUGAUCCAGCCUCUCUCUGUUCUGGGUUUAUCCGCCGCAUCUUCUGCUCACCUCUUCACCCAUUUCUCUGCCUCCACUGGCCUGCACCUCCCCACCAAAACUGGCAGGAUGGACAGCGACAGGGACCAUGAGCUUGGUGAGAUGAGGAGCCAGAAGAAGGUUCACCAGCGGGGACAAGAGGGCACGGAGAAACAGGACGCCUCAGGGAUCUUCAAAGAGCCUGGACUAAGGACUGGGAUGUCUCGAGAAGGCCUUCACCUUAGAAGUCAAGAGGAAGAGGAGACGGAGAGUUUGCACGAGAUCCAAAAGGUGAUUAUCGGAAGAAAGUCCUCAAAGAAACAUAAAAGUAAGUGAGCGAGAGGGAGAUGUUUCCAAAAGGAAGCUAAAGAACUAAGAGAGGAGGGAACAAGCCGGAGACCAGAAGACUUAAAGGAUAAAAGAUAGAAAACAAUGUUACUUUGUAAACAGUGUUGUUUUUUCUUUUCAUGAGUACACUGUAGUUACUUUAGUUGAGUUGUGGAUACUUCAGUGGGGUUGCAGGCAGAGAUCUGUUCAUGCAUCAAGUUUUUUAAAUUGCACAUUUAAGGAGACCAGUCUGGGCGUCUGCUUUUCUAACAUUUCAACAAAUGGGUUGAGGAGAUUCAUUGGUUAAAAGAUAAAAGAUAAAUGAACUUUUUGCAGCUCUAAAUGCAGUGUUUUACAAUAUGUCACUUUAUAUGUUAUGGAAAAUUGCUAAUAUUUUUUUAUAUGACUUUUGGAUUUUUUUUUAAACCAGAAAAAGUCAAUCAAUUUAUAAAGAAAAUUGAUAGUGAUAAUAAUUGUCUGUUGCAGCCCUCCUUUCUCAUCUAAUUGAUUAGAAAACAGGGUUUUUGUGACAGAAAUCAAUGUCAUUUUAUUAAAAUUUCAGUCCAAUGAUUUUAAAAUCUGUAAAUAUAAUAUUUGAUUCUACCUUUGGUUAAUGGUGAUGAAACAUUGUCGGCAAAUCUUUCAGGUUGCUGUGACAAAUAAAUGUAUAACUAACUUCUAGUAAAAUUUGUAAAUUAACAUUCACUUGUGUUUAGAAUUUUGUGAAAUAUGUCACACCCUGGCUUGUAUUUUGGCCCAUGUAAUGAUACCUAAGACCUGCCUAACAUCUAUGCACCACUGCCUGAAGAAUACUUUCUACUAUUCUUAAUCUGAGACAGUGAAGACUAUACAGUAUAUUAAAUAAGUAUUGUGACUGUUGGCGUGUGCUGUUGCUUUAUCCAGGGUACUGUGUACUAACCUGCCAGAAAUACAGAGUCAUAUACAUAUAUAAAUAACCUCCACUCCCUUUACUAUAGAAAACUGACAAAGGAGAAAAAUAUAUGAAACUGUGACCGUGUAAAAAUAAUGAGCACUUUUUAAAUAAAAAACAUUUACAUAUCAUA